AUGAUACGGCGCCACAUGCUAAUCGGAGCUCGACGCUUCCUGAGCUCCAGACACAAGCCGGAGCGCUUCUCGUUGCUUGCCACUGCUCUGCGAGUGUUUCACGAACAGAAUGGCCAUUUUCUCAUUCCUUACACGUUCCAGGUGCCUCGAAAAGAAGCCCAAAGUUCCGACAGCAAUCCGUGGCCACAGGAGACGCACGGGCUCAAUUUGGGCCGCGAGAUCCGUAAAUUCGUCGAUGUUUCUAACCUUAAGAGCUCGCCAGAGCUUCAUAAUAUACGUCGCCAAUUGGAUACCGUUGGUUUCCCCCAGAUCCGCGACUGGAAGCGCUUCCAGUGGGAACAGAAGUCGCUUUCGGCAUUAAAGACAUUCAAGCAAAUUCAGGGCGAUCUGCUGGUGCCUCGCAAGUUUGUGGUACCUGAGGAAGAUCGUCAAUGGCCGAAACCCACGUGGGGACUGAAAUUGGGCUCUCAUGUAAAUUUUCUGCGUCAAACGAGAGAGAAAUUAACGACAUACCAGGUUCAGGACCUCGACGAUAUUGGGUUCGUGUGGGUGGUGGCAGACUACAAUUGGGACGUGCUGUUCAUGCCCGCCCUUCGGCGAUAUCGACAGCUCUAUGGUCACUCUGAUAUACCUCAGAAUUUCGUGAUUAGAGAGGAGAAAAACAACGAGUGGCCGAAAGAGCUGCAAGGAUACCGGCUGGGGUCGAUGGUGAACCGUACUCGAACCGCUUCGGGUUAUGUGGAAUUUGUGGAGCGUGACAGAGAAGAACUGGAGCAAUUGAGUUUUUAUCUCAAUAGCAACGACCAAAAAUGGCAAGAAAACAUCCUCCCUGCUUUUGAAAUGUAUCAUCGUGUCCAUAGAAACUGCAACAUCAACACGCACUUUAUUGUACCAGAAGAGGAGCCAUGGCCGCAGUCGAUGUGGGGCAUGCGACUUGGGUUUAUUGCACGGAACAUUCGGAACAGAGGAGACUUUUUCCUACAAGUUGCGCGAGACUAUGAGAAACUCAAAAGCAUCGGCUUUGUAUGGAACGUAUUUGCAGCCAAGUGGCAAUACGCGGUGCUCCCGGCGUUGCAUACCUACGUGCGUGUGUAUGGCGAUGCCAACGUCCCAGUCGACUUUGUGGUGCCACCGGAGGAUCCGUGGCCAGAGGAGUCGCAUGGACUGAAGCUAGGAGAGCUGGCAGCGAGCCCUAUGCGACGGAAAAACUUCGCUGACUUUAUCGAGAUCGACCGCAUGCAGCUUGAAGCGCUGGGUUUCUUUUGGUCUGCUCUUCCAGACGGCGAUAUCAGUGGCGAUGACGCGUUUCGGUUGCUACUAUAG